AUGAGCAGUUUUAAUCUUGGAUCGCCAGGCUCGCAGCACACAGCCUCUAUGGUGGCACCACAUUCGGCUUCCAUGGCUUCGGCAAACCCCGCAUUGUCUAUAGUGGCACCUCAUUCGGCUUCCAUGGCUUCGGCGAACCCCGCACUCUCUAUGGUGGCACCACAUUCGGCUUCCAUGGCUUCGGCGAACCCCACACUGUCUAUAGAGGCACCACAUUCGGCUUCCAUGACCUCGGUGCCAGGGGGGUCGGCUGAGAUGUCAGCAGUGCUGCAACAAUCAUCCGCAUCACCACAAUAUUUGAGUAGUUUUAAUAUUGGAUCUCAGGGCACGAAUGCCACACCGUCUAUUGUGACACCACAUUCGGCUUCUAUGGCAUCUGUGCCAGGCUCGGCUGGAAUGCUUCCGCCUCAACCACCUCUGUAA